AUGGUAUCUAACAGGCAGAUAGCAAUCAAGUACACAACUGUAGAAGAGUUGACUGCCUCGCAAGUGAACGACACCACCAUCAUUGUGAGCUGGACCAAACCACGUCCUGUGGACAAAUUCAAAGACGAGUAUCACGUUACCAUAUGGGGUCCAGACUAUAAGAAGACCUAUACAACGAAGGAGACCUGGAUCAUCGCUGGCGGCUUGGAUACUUCUAAAGUUGACAAUGUCACCGUGCAAGGUGUUUGGGCCAAUGGCACAGAUGUUCCCAAAGUCGCAACCACUCCCAUACGAAAGCCUUCAGCAGGUGUGCCGGUAGUACCAAAAGAUUUCACCGCAUCGGUUAUCAACUGCACAACUAUCCAUCUGACCUGGAAGGCACCAAAUAUUUCACAGCCAUGGGGACGCCAGUAUCAGCUCACUGUCACCAAUCGCACCUUUACCAAGAGCUAUAAACUGCAGAAUACUGAGGAAACAAUAACCAACCUGGUGCCAGCUUCCACUUACAACUUCACUCUCCAGGCUCUUGACCAGAGUGGCAAGCCUUUCCGCGCGGAAGCACUCAUUCCCGUUCAAAUGCCAGCCUGU